UUCAGUCGUUCGGUUAUUAAUGAGGUGGCAGGAGUGGUUUUUAUUAAUCAAAAAUAAUGUGUAAAGAGAUGAGAUAAAAAAGAUGAGUCGUGAAACAUUUUUUAUUCUCGCAGUAUUAUUCGUCGUGUUUUCGAUUCAGACAACAGACUUCCAGGAAAACCUUAUAAAUGGUUAUCGAAAUCUAAUAGCAGAUAUACAAAUAAGGACACAGAAAUCUCGUGAAGACAUGGACACUAUGGUCUCACAAAUUAAGCUUCUCAUGAAGAACGAAGCAGAUAAGGCGAUAAAUUAUAUGACAGUCUACCUUGAACAGAUAUCCCUCUAUUUUCAAGUAAUAAUUCACGAUCGUAAACCUCGCAACGGCACUUAUUGCAAGGAGAGCAUCGUAAAACUACUAGGCGAAAAUCUGCAGCUCGCUGAUGAGAAUGUCACGCUCUGCUUGGCUCUGGGAUAUCAGAGAGUACAAAGGUUGCCGGAGAAACUACAAGUUCAUUUUGAAACUUUGGAAAAUCUAAAAAAAUAUUCUGCAUCAAAACUAUUUGAAUGUCAAAAGCAACAGCAGGUUGGUGGUAACUGCUCUCAUGAAAGUCAGGACCUCGAGAGAACAGUGUUUCUCUACGAGACAUCGCCUUUCCCAGUAGUAAUGGCUGAGAUUGCAAUACACGGAUUCAAAGAAGUGUCCGACCUCAGUGUAUGUUUGAAGGACAUUAUAUCGAGAAUGAUGACACACUCGGUCAAAGUGAUUGGCGACUUUAACAGGUGCAUUCACAACAUUGAAAUGCCUAAACUUAAGUACUUACUAAAAUUCAUGAAGAAAUAUGCGUAAGAACUUAUUUUAAUGUAAAUAAAGGUAUUGUUUAAUAUU